AUGGUACGGAUUUACAGUCGGCUGAACGGUUGGUCCCUGCCGCCAAACCCGCUGCAGAUCUUCGCUUGGGUGAUCAUUGUGUACUUAGCGACGUUGGUGUACGUUGUGCUGAUCCCGGUGUUACGAGUGCACGCGGUGAAAGUUGCCCUUUAUGCGGUAAUGAUUGUCUUACGCAGGUUAACAUGACA